AUGGGGAAAGUUACAAGGUGGUUAAGGGGCCUGUUGGGGAUGAAGAAAGAGAAGGAAAAUGUGGAGAAUAAUUCGAAUUAUGCUGAAAAAAGGGAUAAGAAAAGAUGGAAUUCUGAAAAAUCAGGGAAGGAAUCAGGGGGGUUGAGUCAAAUUCCGGCUAACAUUCCGGUGACUAACUCUGGCUGGACGAGAUCUUACAUUGCUGAGAAUGAGAAAGAGCAGAACGAGCAUGCGAUUGCGGUGGCUGCUGCCGCAGCAGCAGAGGCUGCUGUUGCUGCCGCACAGGUGGCUGUUGCUGUUGUGAGACUCACAAGCCAAGGCAGAGGAGGUUUGUUCAAUGGUGGCAGGGAGAGGUGGGCAACCAUCAAGAUUCAGUCAGUUUUUAGAGGUUAUUUGUCCCGGAAAGCUCUUAAGGCGCUAAAAGGACUGGUGAAAUUACAGGCUCUUGUUCGAGGCUACUUUGUACGAAAGCGUGCUGCUGCAACUUUACACAGUAUGCAAGCUCUCGUCAGAGUUCAGGCUACUGUCCGGUCCCAAAGGGCUCGUCAUUCGACCAAUACCACCUACAGAUUUCAUCCAGAGAAUCGAGCUAGAAACUCGACUGAAAGAUUUGAUGAAACUCGAAGCGAAUUUCAUAGCAAGAGACUUUCAGCUUCAUAUGAUCCUUCACUUAAUGCAUAUGACGACAGCCCGAAGAUAGUAGAGAUAGACUCGUACAAGUCGAAGUCGAGGUCUCGAAGGAUCUACACUUGCACAUCAGAAUAUGGCGACUAUCAUUAUUACAAAGAAAAUUUGCCUCCUCUUCCAUGUCCAAUACCGGCUCGUCUAUCCAUCCCCAAUUGUCGCCACCUCCAAGAUUUCGACUAUUUCUUUGUCAGAGAGGACUCUAAGUUGGCUACUGCACAGAGCACUCCUCGGUUCGGAAGUUCUCGACCACACACCCCCGUUACACCGGCUAAGAGUUUAUGUGGGGAUAGCUUCUUUAGGCCAUACUCAAACUGUGCCAGUUAUAUGGCAAAUACUCAAUCCUUUAAGGCAAAGCUGAGGUCUCACAGUGCUCCAAAACAAAGGCCAGAAUCAGGGCUGAAAAGGAGGCUUUCAUUGAAUGAAAUAAUGGCAUCAAGAACUAGUUUCAGUGGUGUUAGAAUGCAGCAGCCAUAUACUCAAGUUCAAGAAGAUUUUGGCUUCUAA